GACUGUUUUGUCUGGUCUUUAAUCCUUUUACAAGCUUUGCAAUCAAAUCUGUUAAUGUUGUGUCAAGACUUGCUAAUUAAUACAAGUUAAUAUUAUAUAUCCAAUCCUAACAGGGGUAGUUAGAGGUAUUCUCUGGUAGUCAGUAGUUUUAGAGUGAAAAAGUCUCUCUUGAGUUUCCUUAAAUGUUUCUCUAAUUCUCCUAAUCCUAGAAUACAUCAACAUUAAGUACAAACGACAUCCAAAGUUUUCCAAUAUUUCAAGAGAUGCUGCCAGAGAAGGUGCCUUCAGAUCCCGACGAACCAUUUUUCAUCCUCUCUCUCACUGAGAUCCCGCUGUCCUCAUCAGGGGAGGUGGUGAACAGUGCAACUGAGAACCCCUCUUGUCUUUCUGUAGCAGAGUCAUCAAUACCUCAACCAAGUGGUGUUUCUGGAGAGAGUGUGGCAGCGGCAGGAGAGGGGUCUCUGUCUAAUGUCCCCAUGCCCAUGUUCAAAGAGAUAAAGAGUGUGACAGGCCUCAUCAGUGUGGAAGAGACUGUGCUGGACCCAUCUACACUGAUUGAUCAUAACAUUCAGAAAACAGUGGAUCCACAGGAACAUACUACAGACAAUCCACCAAAGUUUCCAGAUGCCGUGGACAAUAAUGAGCCUGAAGCAGCACUUAACAAGCAGAGACAAACAAGUAUUGGAAGAAGAGCCAAACUGCAAGUUAAACCUAAUGCAGCGAGGAGAAAACAAACCAGCAAGACCAAGUCAAUGAAAGCAGCGGAGUCAGCGCCUACCCAAACAAACACCACCCAGGAGCCAAAAGCCAGUGAUGCUGUCACGGAAGCACAAAGGGGAAGAUGCAGCCGUGAUGAGGAGAUUGUGACAGAUGGAAAAGGCACUACCAGCAGCUUAGAAGCUCAAACUUCACAGAGGCGUGUGAGAAAACCCAAAGGCUCUCUUUCCUCGCUUUCUGUAACAAAGAAAACCAGCCCUCCACAAAAUCUUCCACCUAGCAAACCAGUUUCCAAGCGAUCUAAGCUUAAAACGCCACUGACUGAAGGACAACAAUCUUUGCUAGAGCCUAUAGCCUCCACAUCACAUGAUGUCCCUUCCACACAAAGUUUGACACAGACACUAAAAGAAACCCGUCCAGCAUCGAUUACACUGCUAACACAAACAGCAGUGAACAUCAGAGAGACCUGUGAUCAAAGUCCCAGGAGCCCAGAUCCUAGCACUUCACAGUGCACAGAGCAGGAUGACUGUGUGGACAGCUGUGCUCUUGAAGAGGAGCCCACCAGUGUGUCUCAGUACUUCUUAACCAACAUUUUCACAGAAGUGGAUGAGGGGUAAAAGCCACCUACGUAGUUGGAUUAAGAAGUGGAAUUUGUUGGCUUUUCAAAUUUUUAUUUCUGUAAAUAAUAAUUUAUAACUGAAAAGUUAUUGUUGUUUUUGCUUUUAGUUUUAAUUCUUUAUUCACCAUACUGAUGAAUGCAGUUUCACAUUUGCAAACAUUUACUAGAGUAUCAGUUUGUUGAAACAACAUUUUAAACCUCCGUUAGUUUAAAUAUUAAAGCACUGUACAAAUGGAUAACAACAUUUGUGACUCAUAGUUUGACUGAAGUGGUGGCAGCUUUUGCUGAAUUUUUCAUAAAAAAUACUUCAAACCUCAGAUGUCUUACCUAUUUUUUUUCUUCUUUUUGAUACAACUGUGAAUUUGUAAAUACUGUACAUGGUAGCAACUUCUUUUUUUUUUUUUUAAUAUUUUUUUGUCCGUUCUUGAUUAAUUUUCAGAUGACUUUGACCUCAGGAAGAAAAACACAGUUCGGUAGAUUAAGACCAUGUACAGUUGUACAUUUCAGUGUAAAGCCUUUUUUAAUGUCUCUUCUGUGUACUUUAGAAAUGUAACAUAUGUG